AUGAGUCCAGAGAGGAUUCAGGGGAGCUGUGUUGCUAUUCGUGCAUUCAGUCCUUCAUCGUCUUUUUCAAAAUGUAGCCAGUCUAAUUCUGUUUCUUCAGAUGAUGCAACCUGUGGUAAACCAGUGUGGAUGGGAAAAGGCCUCACUUUUGUUUGCUUCAAUCGAAAGGGAAGCUAUGCACGAAUUUGCAUCCAUUUGACACCCCUACAGGAAGAGAGACUGAGAAGGUUGAGAAAUAGGACAAAAGUAAACUUUGAUGCUUCCAGACCAGCCCAUCAGGCAUUCAUUACCAGUAUAUGGUUUGCAAGUGAUGGAUUCAACGUGAAUCCACAAGAAAAGGAUAGCAGAGCAUUCCUUUUUGACGCUUUAAGGGCACUAUGGUCUGCUACAUACCCUGGUCAGAAGCUACAAAGUUUGAUAUCUGAUCAAUGGAAACAAAUGGGAUGGCAAGGAAGAGAUCCAUCAACGGACUUCAGAGGAGCUGGGUUCAUUUCUUUGGAGAAUUUACUGUUUUUUGCCAAGACAUUUUCUACAUCCUUUCAAAGUCUAUUGAAGAAGCAAGCAGGCAAAAGAGCUAUUUGGGAAUAUCCAUUUGCUGUCGCCGGUGUAAAUAUCACAUUCAUGAUUAUGCAAAUGCUUGAUCUAGAUGCCAUGAAACCCAGAAAAUUUGUUAGAGCUGUUUUUCUAAAGAUGUUGUCGGAGAACGAGUGGGCCUUUGACUUGCUAUAUUGUGUGGCUUUCCUGAUAAUGGACAAAUUGUGGCUGGAGAAAAAUGCUACUUACAUGGAGUUCAAUGAGAUUUUGAAAUCGGCAAGAUCUCAGCUGGAGAAAGAACUUCUGAUGGAAGAUGAAAAGCAGCGAUUUCGCUGCCUAGAGCAGCUGGGAAACCAGCAGCGAAAUCGCUGCUGGUUUUCCGGCAGCGAUUUCGCUGCUAGGGCAUCCGCUGCUGGAAGAAUGGGUUCCUGA